CCACCAUCUGCCUGUUAGUUCUAAUGUUGUCUGAAGCCUAUGGGAGAGGAGCGCGUGUCGCUGCUCUCGCGAGAUGACGCGGCUUCCGCCUCCAAGCCCCCUCCCCUUCCCGCCGCACAGCUUUGGCGCGUUUUCUGUUCGGCGGGAGCGGAGGGCCGGUUUCUGAGGGAAGUUGUCCCUGAGGAUUUGAGUCGCAAGAUGACAGAUGCAAUAGAUGGCAAUUUGUUUGAUCUUCCUGAUUAUGAACAAAUCCAGGAUGAGACGUUUCUACCUCUACCACCUCCAGACUCUCCAGGAAGAGAUGUUGAAGGCAACUUAGUGAAUGGAGAGCCAGAGGAAAACAAAUUGUCACAAGCCAAGGAUUCUUCUGUGACAAGGCGAUCUAUUAGAAGGCCAGCGCCUAAACUAGAUGCUGACAGGUUAGUUUCAGAGCGAGGACUUCCAGCUUUGCGGAAUAUGUUUGAUAAUGUAAAAUUCAAAGGUAAAGGUUAUGAGGAAGCAGACCUGAAGGCACUUGUGAGGCAUAUGGAGCACUGGGCUCACAGGCUAUUCCCUAAACUUCCAUUUGAAGAUUUUGUUGACAAAGUAGAGAGUUUAGGAAGUAAACAACCAGUCCAGGCAUGCUUGAAGCGAAUUAGACUUGACCUGCCCAUGUUGCAUGAAGAAUUCACAAGUAAUGAAGGUGAGGACGGGGGAAGCAAUGGACCUAAGCCAGCCACUGAAGAAUUAGAUUUAUUUUCUGAAAUCCAAAAUGCAACAGAAGACUUUGGUUUGCCCCAAAAUAGCACACUAACAGAGGAACAGCGACAGAGAAUUGAAAGGAACAGACAAAUAGCCAUGGAAAGAAGACAAGCAAAAACACAGAUCAACAGUCAGUCACAAGAAGAGCUGCAUGUGACCGAGGAGCAUGUGGCUCAGGAACAAGAUGACCUACCUGUGGUGGAAGGAGGAAAUAUACCUUUUCAGACUACCGGUAUUGAGAAGAAGGAAAUUGGAAGUAUAGAAGAUAAAUGACCUUUAACUUUUGUAUCACGUGACCACGUGACCAAGGACCCACAUCUUGAACUAUACGUCACAUAUUCCUGUUAUUUCUUCCUGUUGAAAGUGGUUUUUUUAAUGGAUUUUUUCCACUGGAACAACUGAUCAUUCUUCCCAGUUCCACUGGUCUCACUUACAUGUAAAGAUGAGCCAAACCAUGGGUAGGCAUGAAUGAGCAAGUGUGCUGGUACAGGGUGGAAAUUGUGGCUGAUUGACUCCUCCCCUGUAGUGCUAUCCAUGGUUUGUCUUAAUGUUCUGUGCAAACCUAGACCUGUGGUUUGUCGUCUCCAAUCAAACCAUGAGCAGUAAGCUAAGAGCAAGCUUUAGUUGCAGCUUGUGGCUUGUUUCUAGUGAGACAUACAAGUCUAGGCUCAAAUGUGUUGUAGCAGGACUCAGGAAGGAGUAAAGUGGCUGUGAUUUUCACUCUAUACCACUAUGCUUGCUUGCUCACGCUAAGCUAUAAUUUGGCUUCAUGUUGCAUGGUAACUUGACCUUUCAGUGAGAGUUCUGUAAUUCAGAUUUUCCCCCCUUUAUCCACCACAUUGUAAAUGGUGUUUCUCAGUUUAAAGUGAGAUGAAGCUUGAAUUAAAAGUAAUGGCUGCUAUUCCUUCAAUGAAAAAGCACCAUUCUCACAGUAGAUGUUAUUAAAUGUUACAUAUAGAAAGCAGACCAAAGCAAUGCCAUUAAAAUCUUUUAUAACUUUCACCUUGUGAAAUACUUGUGCUAUAAGUGUCCAUAUUUUACACUGGAAAUGAAGAUGUUGUAAAUCUGCUGUGAAACAGGAGAUUAUGGUCUGCUAUCAGAAGCAGCAACUAAUAUACAGUACUGCAUAGGUAAAUAUUGUAUAGGUUGGUCUUGCAGAAUAGAGGUAAUGUUCAGUGGCAUAGCAUGCAAUUAGGGGAUAUCUACAUGCAAGCUUUUAGACACGCACUUAUAAAAAAGUAGUGCUCAUAAAAGGAACAGGGUUUGGGAUAUCUAGGAGGUUACUUUGCAGUGUAACAAAAUGGCAUGAUCCAGUGUUAGAAUGAGAACUGAGUUGAUUCAGAUAAGCCUUUCCUGCUACCUCAUUCCAUCCUGAAUUCCUGCACAUAGCUUGGAUGGUUUCCACAUGGCAGGUAGGAGACUCUAGUGUGAACUGAGAGGCUGAAGAAAGAAAAACACAAAAUCUCAACUAAACUUAGUUCUUAUAUGCUUCAUUGCUAAAGUUAUUACUCAAAAUGUUUUUUUUUUGGUAAUUAUUUUUUAUUAAGGAUUUUCUUGGGUUACAAAGGUAGUGCAAU